CUGUGCGUUCUUAAAGCCGUGUUAUUCGAUUUAUUCAGAAGGUCUUCGAGUUUUCUCCACAAAGUUACUUUAGCAUUAGACCUAAUAGAGUUGCAAAUCAACACUGACCCGCCCACCAUUCUCCUCGAGAUCCUCCAAAUACCGAGCACAAUAGUUUUCCUUCGUCUCGCACUUCUUUCGCUUGGCAAGCAUCUGCUUUUGUUUUCUCAUACACUGCUUGUUCUUAUUAUAGUUCAGUGUUACGAGUGUUUUUUACAGGUUGACGCGGUGUUGACUGGAAAAGUAGCGAAAGAUGAGGUAAUUCGUGAAGCAAGCAGGUUUCUUUCGCAGUUUGACGCGCUUAGCUCACAGUUUGAAUAUGGUGUCGCUGAUAUUGUAGCUAAAUCUGUAUUAAUUGGAUCAUGUGACACCUUUCUGCCCAACAAUGUUGAAUUAUGGUCGAAGAGAGUAGAGUGUGUAGUGUGA